AUGCUAUCAAAAAUAAUGAAUUAUAUGGAGGGAAAAUUUAAGGCAAUUGAUGACACUAACAGACAAAACGGACAGUGGUUAGGAAAUAUUAAAGACAGACUCGAUGCUAAUGAGAUUCGUUUGGAUCAAAUGGAGCAAAACAAUGAUGCUCAGUUAGACCAGACUCUCAAGCUCAUGAGUGAUAAAUUUGAAAAACAAUUCAAAGAAUAUGAAAAGAAAAAUGACAAUCACUUUCAAAAAGUAGAAGCAAAAAUUUCCAGUUUGAGUCGUAAUAUGGUUAAGAUCACUGGUAAGGUCAAUUAUGUCGGGAGAAAAGUUAAAAAUGUAGAUGCAAAAGUAAAAAAUCUGAAAACUGAAGCAAGUACAGGUAGAGAGAAAAUCCAUAAUGCGUUUAAAGUUGUGCAUUCAGAUAUCAAACAUGUAGAAGAAACAGUAUCUGAGCGUAUUUCUCUUGUAGAUGAUAAAAUUGUUAAAGUAGAAAGCAAAUUUGAACAAAAGAUAGGAAUUAUUACUGAAAAAAUAGAUGUAAAUAAUCAGAUAAACAAAAAUGAAGUCAAGAGUUUAGAAAGUAGUAUUAAUGACAUCACUAAGAAACUUGAAAGUGUUAGUAGCAAUAUGGUCAGCAAUAAAAACUGUGAAGACUUAAACUUAGAUUCAUUCUAUGAGUGGGCUGAGAGGAGCACCUUGCUGGAAAAUAGUUGUUCAAAUGAUCAAAGUGUAUUAGGAAUUAGAGAACUUAUGGAAGAGUCUGGUGGGCUAGGAAUGAAAAGAGCACCUAGUAAGGAUGAUUUAAAUGUGUAUCUGCAUACUGAAGGUAAGAGUGCAGAGGAUAAAGAUGAUAAUUUUUGUGAUGUUGAUUGGGAAGAAAAGGAAAUUGAGGAUAGUAGUGAAGAUAGAUGUUUUAUUGGUGUAAGUGAGGAGUUGGAAGCUUUAGGGAUUACUAAUAUAAAAGAGGAUAGUAAUGAAAUUAGCGAGGUACACAUGAACACAGUUGACAAUUUCAAUGAUAAGGAUGCCAGAAUUUCAGCCAAUGAGUUAUUUGAUCUUAAUACAUGGAAGAAAAAUGAGAAGGAAUUGACAGCAGGUAAUCUUAACAGCAUUAGGGGAGUAGAUGAUGAAAUCUUAAUAUCAAUGAAAGAACGUGAAGAGAUUGUAAAGAAAACCAUGAAGAAACUAGGUGAAGCUAGGAAAAACAGACAUAAUAGGAAAAUAAAGGCUACCACAUUCAGAGUAGGUGACAAUGUCUUAGUGAAAUCCCACGAACGAUCAAAGUUACUAACAGCAGAACUCAAGAAGUUCUUUGACAUUUACAUUGGGCCAUUUGAGAUUAUUGAGAACCCCAUCCAAAUGCGUACCGAUUAG